GGAUAUGUGUUUUCGUACUGCAGGUGGCUUAGCAGGCGCAAGCUGCGGCUGUACAGAUUUUAGGUGAACACAUUUAGUUUGUGGCGGAGUGAAAAAGCGGACCGAAGAGGCUGUGGAGGCUACAGCGUGUCAGUGCGCCGCGUCACGGACGGACACACCUCACACAGGUGCUCCCAGGUCAGAUGGUUGGAAUUAACGCACAACAACGCAGAGUUCCUCGGACUUGGCUGUGUUUCAGACUCCGGUAAGCCGCUCCGGCGAUGCUCCGCUCCGGCUUAACGCCCCAAAGUAAAGCGCAAUAAGAAAGUAUGAGGAGUUGUGUGGAUAUUUGCGCUCCUCUGUGCUGUUAGCGUGUUGACUCCCGGCUGAGUGAGUGUCGCAACACGCUGCGGUAGGUGAACUACUGGGAACCGGAGGGAAGAGCGGAUUUUCCUUCUUUUGCAGCUGAACCGCGGACCUUUUCUGGCUUGUUUCGGGGAGCAGUUUCACCGUUUCCAGCUCAGAAUGCGUUUCCACCUUCUCCUCUCGGCUGUGGAUUUUAAACGAAACCCGAAAAGUCAGUGACAGCUGAACCGGAGCGGUGCGGAUCCGCCGCCGGAUGCCUUUUUCGCCAUUUCUCUCCACGAUUUUGCGCAAGGAAUUUGAUGUUUGAAUUCUCAGUUGGAGAACGACUAUUAACACAGACAAAAUCUACCGGUCUUUCUCCUCUGCUUGUGAUUUAUUCUAGUCUAACGCUUUUUGGGGUUGGCACGCAGGGUUCCUGUGUUUUCAGCCAGGGCGCGCGUCAUCUCCCCACUGAUGUCCAUUGAUUUAUGAUUUUUCUGGGGGGGCAUUUAUCUGGUUUCGCGCAAGGACUUGGAUCCGCUUCAGGAACACUGGGUUUCUGUCGUUCCCCAGUGGGCCAAUUUGAAGCAGCGUACUUGUAACUUUGUUCUCCCAUGUGGAAAAAAGGCUCCGUUUUGCCUGGAGAAGACGCGGUUUGGCCGUGCCUGAGGUCUGCUGCUCUCAGAGAGACUGUGGAAACUGUAGCUCGACAAACAUAUUUUUGAAGAGCCAGACUGAGGCAUCGCACACACUGUCAGACACGCUCAAUUACUCGUGCAGACAUACUGACACAUAAAGCCCAUUGCGCACUAUUCAACUUAAGACCCUCGGAAGAACUGAGAAGGCAUCGUGUGGAGGCUGACACCUGCAGAGGUUUAUUUACCCAACAUCGACUGCUGGAUCAACUGGGAUUUAACGUCCUCCUGCUGGGAUUUCUACCAUGUCAGGUGUACGGGAUUGCAGAUGGACUCUGCUCAUCUGUGUGGCGGCGCUUUCAUAUGCUCUUGCAGGUAAAAUCUCUCCAACCAGCUCAGAUGCCCUCCUCAGUUCCUCAGUGAUGACAGCCAGUCCUUCACCACCCAAUGUGUACCUUCCCGCCAACUUCAAAAUGUCCAAUGCACAACUGGCUUUCUUUUUGCGGGAGGCUCAGAUCACAGGACAGACGGUUGGCGGCAGCAGCAAGAGCAGCAGUGGUCCCAGCACUGGACAUCCGCUGCAGCGUUCUGAGAGUUUUGUGGUUUUCCAAACAAAAGACCUACCUGCCAUCAACAUAAGCUUUGGGCCUUUUGCCCGGGACCAGGCGCUGUCCAAGGAGUUGCUCCAGCCAGCUAGUCCGCUGGAUAUUCCCGGCCAGCUGACUGUCAACUGGAAGGUGCGGGCCUUCAUUGUCCAGGCGCGGGUCUUCUCCAACAACCCCGUGGUCCAGGUGUUUUUCUACAUUGCUGGUCGCGACUGGGAUGACUUCAAGGCUCAAGACAAGCUGCCCUGCGUCCGUCUGCAUGCCUUCCGGGAUGUCCGCGAAAUUAAAACCUCCUGCCGCAUGAAAGGGAACCUGGCGCAAUGCUUGGCCCAGUUGGAGCUGCCUCUGUCCUGGUUUAACACCAAUGUAGCACCACUGGGUCGGAGGAAAGGCUCCAGUGACGGGCUCCUGGAUGGGCUAACCAGUGAGACCCUCCAGGCUGAGCUCUACUACACACUCCAUGGGCCUAACGGGGCUGGAGAGUGCAGUGAGGGCUCAGGUCACAGAGGUGGUGGUGUUUCCAGGGGAGAACCUCCGUCACAGCACCCCCUGCUGCGCAUCGGCAGCAUCAGCCUGUACCAGGCCAGUCAAGAGCAGCUGAUGGUAGACAAGCAGUUAGACAAGAAUAUGUUCCUCAGGCUGCCUGAGAAGCCCCUGAAGCCCGGAGAGACCCUCAAAAUAUUCCUCUACUUGAUGCCCAACUCCACUGUCGAGCAGUUCACCCUCAAGGUCAAAGCUAAAAAAGGGGUGAACCUGCUCCAGACCAAGUCGAAGAACGCCCAGUGGAAGGUGGACUGGGAGGUGCAGUCUGGCGCCAAGCAUUCCAUCACCACCGUCGAUGUGAACAAGAACAAAGCAGUCAAACAGGGCGACGUGUUGGGUAACGUUGAGGUGAUGCAGUUGGAUUUCGAGAUGGAGAACUUCACCAGCCUCUCGGUGACCAGAAGGAUCAACUGGAACAUUGACUACAAGGGGCAGAGCCCACCUCCAGAUUCAGAGAAGGUUGUGACGGAGCUGACGGUAGUGCAGCGGGAUAUUCAGGCCAUCAUCCCUCUGGCCAUGGACACGGAGAUUAUCAACACGGCCAUUCUGACAGGACGUACUGUGGCCAUUCCCGUCAAAAUGGUCUCCAUAGAGAUGAAUGGAGCAGUCACUGACGUCUCAGCCUUUGUGCAGUGCAAGUCAUCCAAUGAAGAUAUUGUUAAGGUGUCCAUGAAUUGCGACUACGUGUUUGUCAAUGGGAAGGAGACGCGGGGAUCCAUGAACGCAAGGGUCAUCUUCAGCUACGAGCACCUGAGCGCACCGCUGGAGCUGACCGUCUGGGUCCCCAAACUCCCCCUGCAGGUGGAGCUUUCUGACAACAAUCUGAGCUUCAUCAAAGGCUGGAGGGUUCCCAUUCUGCCCGACCGAAGGAGUACCAGAGACAGCGACGCGGAUGACGAGGACGACGAGCGCCGGGUGAGUCGAGGCUGCACUCUGCAGUACCAGCGGGCCCUGGUCAAGGUGCUGACCCAGUUCCACACCACCUCUACUGAAGGCACCGACCAGGUCAUCACCAUGCUGGGGCCCGAAUGGCAGGUGGAUGUCACAGACCUGGUCCAGGACUCCCUGAAGGUGGCGGACCCCAGGAUAGCUGAGUUGGUGGACAGGACGGUCUUGGUGGGUCUGGAGCUGGGAUCCACCGUGCUGAAGGUGGAGUCUCCGCUGGCGGUGGAUGCAGUAUUGGGAGAGUCUGCAUUCUCGGUCACAGAUGAAAAGGUUUCCAUCACGGAGAUGCGUGUUCACGCCAUUUCAGGCCUGACCCUGUCGCUGCAGCCCAGCCCCGGGAACAGCCACACCAUGGUGGCCAAGGCAACGGGGAUCCAGACCCUCACUGCUCCCAAACAGGAGGCCAGUUUGUCUGUCUGGAUGCUUUUCAGUGACAACACAGCCGCCACUCUGACUUACUUUGAUCCCAAAGACUACAACCUCAAUGCCUCCUCAUUGGAUGACAAAGUUGUGUCAGUAUCCCAGGAGCCUCAGCAACGCUGGCCUGUGGUGGUGGCAGAAGGACAGGGAUCUGGUGAGAUGGUGCGUGUAGAGAUGACCAUCUGUGAGGCCUGCCAGAAGACCAAACGCAAAAGUGUCAUCGCGUCUGCUGCAGUUCAUGUCAAGGUCCGCUUUGGCCCAGAGGAAGACUCUGAGGAAGAGGCAACCACGGAGGGCGAGAUUGAGCUUGCGCCCGUCACCAGGCGUCCAAUCAUUGAUCCGAACAUCAGUGGAAGAAUUUAUGAGACAUCUAAUGAGCAGCCUGCUAGUGUUCCUAUUGAUUACACCAAUUUCCCCACCAUUAGCAACCAGGAGCAACCGACUGAGAGUGACGAAGAGGAGGAAGACGAAUUUGUGCAUUCACCUCGUAAUAUGACUGACCUUGAGAUUGGCAUGUAUGCUCUACUGGGAGUCUUCUGUCUGGCCAUCCUAGUCUUUCUCAUCAACUGCAUUGUCUUUGUGCUUAAGUACCGCCAUAAGCGUAUCCCACCAGAAGGCCAGGCCAACAUGGACCAUUCCCACCACUGGGUGUUCCUGGGAAACGGCCAGCCAUUGAGGGCCCAGUGUGAUCUGUCACCACAGCAGGUAGAAAGUCCCAGUAACCCUUUGGAGGGCGUACAGACUUGCUGCCACGGAGACCACCAUAGCAGUGGCAGUUCCCAGACUAGCGUUCAAAGCCAGGUACAUGGGCGGGGUGACGGCAGCUCCGGGGGCUCUACGAAGGAGAACGGCGAAGAGGCCAGUUCACCCACCUCCAAGCGCAAGCGGGUCAAGUUUACCACCUUUACCACCCUUCCCACAGAGGAGCUUCCCUAUAACUCCAUCCCCAUAGCAGAUGAAGAGGACAUUCAGUGGGUUUGCCAGGAUAUGGGCUUUCAAGACCCAGAGGAACUGCACGAUUACAUGCGCAGAAUAAAAGAAAUAGCCUGAGAUAAGAGGGGCAGUGUGCAGCACUCGUCUCAGCUUUCUAAAGAAAUGUUCCUUUCUAUUUUUCUCUUUUUCACCUAAGUGAAAGCUAAUUUUUCACAGACUAAAAGGCCAGCUGUUGUUAUGGUUAGGAUGUGUUCCAUUUAGUUUGCACAGUGCUGUAAUCUCAUACACGCUCACACAGAAGAGAACACAAGGAAGCCAAAGACUCAAUCACUGGAGAAAUCUGUACAUCUUGGCUAUAGGAUUCAUGUUUCACUGGGAAGCUGAGCCAUGGCCAGAUGUGAGAGCUGCUCCAGCUCUGUUGUUUUCUGGAUUCGGUUCUAGAGAAAGCCUGAUAUGGACAGGAACGUCGAAGAGGUUUGGUAUCGGCUGUGUUUGUGCUGGCUCAGUGGGACUCCACAGUACUGUACCUACUACAAACAAAGAGGCCUUUGGUGAACAAAAAAACUGUCAAAGACUCUCAUUAAAGCUAUGUUAAAGAAAAUCAUUUUGUUUUUGCCAAAGUAGGAAAAGCGUUCUUUUAAUGGCGAAACUCUCUUUAUUGUUGUUCUUGGUGCAGCACACUCAUGAUUUGUACUCAUGUUCAUUCCGUACAUUUUUCUACAUUUCAUAGGUAGUCAAAAGCUGUGCCCUCCUACUAGUCCUCCUGGUCCUGGAACGAAUCUAAUGCCUUAUAAAGAAAACAGUCACAGUUCACCUCUUAUAUCAGCGCAGACACUCUCACUAUGGCUAGAGACAGUGUAGUAAGAUGUAACAAAAACUACACCUGAUCUCGAGCAUGAGGUAUAAAUAAAUAGAAACGAGCUUGUGUAUUGUGAGGAUCUCCAACGUUCUUUGCAUGGAAGGGGAUCUUGAGGCACAAAUCAGCAACUUUUUUUUUUUCAAAUUUGUAAAUGUUUGUAUUGUACUUAUAUAAUCAUUCAUACACAUUACUGAAGUAAAUAUCAUGCAUUACACGCAUGCCGUGUCAGGCCUACAUACAAGCAGACAUUCCUCUCUAGUAUAUGUAUAUACCAUAUCGAGCCAGAGUCGCCUCCCGCACGAAUGUUCGACAAGUUACUUACUCUGAGCUGGAAGAGUGGGAGGCAGAUUGAAGUUAAAUUUUAUAGUUUUGUGAGUACUGGUGAGUACAAGGUUCCCCUCAGUAAUGUCAUGACAGAACUGUAGCUUUUUGACAAAAGUGUCAUCGCAUUUGACUGUUGAACAUUGGGAUUUGCUAUGCAUCAGAAUCGUGACAGAUCUAAUCUUUUGAUGAUUCAUUUUCCUUCCUCAAGUUCGGCUGGUCCUCCAGCCUUUGGGAAAGUUAAAACUCUUAUAACGUACUAAUUGAAAACUUUGAAACAUUCACACUGAACACAAGAUCCUCUAAACUCUGCAGGAAAUGUCAUCCACCUGAGAAGGUUAAAGAAGGAUUACUGAUUUUGCACACCAUUUAAACCAUGCUCAUCCCAUGUUGUCACACUCUGCUAUGUUUUCUUUUUGAUCUAUUCCAGUGAACUCACAUCCGGAGGUCACAAAUUUGCUUUGUCUCAACUACAUGGACCAGGUAAGAGACCAGUGGCUCUUACCGGUAAGAAGUCAGUUGUGUUGGCAGAUGAGCUGUGGGUGUGACGGCAUGUAAAAGUAUCUUAGAUGCUGACUGGUUUCAUUGAAAAAUCGGCGUGAUUGAAACCAACACAGCCAGUGGGUGUCAUUUGCAGGUGUUGUUGUGCAGAAAGUGUUAAUUACCGUGUUGAGCUUUCAAAAAUGUAUUGGUUUUAAAACAGGGAACUAUCUGGCUUGUUUUAGGAAGAGCAUAAAUUUCACUGAAAACAUUGUGAGGCAGCCAGACAUGUAAUAACUGAGAGCAUGAUGACAGCAGAGUUGAUAGUAAUUUCACUGCUGUUGCCCUGUUAGUGUAGCGUAUGCUUUUUAGUACUAGAGUGGAUGACUGGAGACGACUUUUGAAGCCUGAUGUUGUUAAAGCUCUGAUCUCACAUAAAAGAAGUUCUUUUCAGGGCUAAUGAAGCAACCAUGAGAUAAAAAUUAGUUUCUGUGUCACUUUCCUUUAAUUCUGUACUUCAUCUAAGGGCUUGGAUUUUUCUUUUAUGUUAACUGACUGACUGACUUUAGUGACGCUAUGAGAAAACUAAUGUUAUUUGCUCCGUCUGUAGUGAUAAUGAACGGAAGCUCAAAACUGUCACUCAAAAUGUUCGACCUUUUUGUUGGCAGCCUUAUUUAAGACCCAAUCCAGAAUUGUUCUCCACGAGGCACCAUUGUUCUAUUAAAAGCGGCUUUAUAUCUGGCAAAAACAUUGAGUCAUAUAUUUUAUAUUUAGGUUGAAAAAUGGGUGUCCUCAACUCUUCAUCGAUAAACUGACCAGAAAACUAAACUCAAGUGUUCAACGUGAAGGUGGAAAUGGUUUGAUUACAGCAACUUUGUAAAUACUGGAGCAAAACAGGCAUUAAUUUUUCACUUGCCUGAAAGUUGCCAUGAGCUGAUUUUCAGUAAACAAUACCUUUCAAUAUUCUACAUGUAUAUAGACCUACGGUACAUCGGAUAUAUUCAUGAAUCCUGGAUUGGGACUUUAAGGAUUUGGUUUACUGCAUGCCCUCUCUUUGUUAAAUGUUCAAAUCAAUACUGACCUUAUUCUCAUGUUUAAUGAUAUUCAGUCUAAAUGAACAUCGGUCCAAGCCCGCCUUUCAACCACGGCAUCAACAUGACUUGCCACGAAAUUAAGAGAAGCAGCAGCCAUCUGGAAGUGCUUCAGUUUUAUCUCUAAAUGAUGGUUUCUCAGGAUGAAUGUAGGGAUUCUUAAGAGUACACUGUACAGGAUUUUCCUAAAAGACAAUGUACGCUUAAAAUGUCGACUAAAGAACAAAAACAAUCCCUCGACCAUCACUCACGACCCUCUAGAAGCGUGUGGUGGUGUCUGUAUCUACAGGGACUCCACCCUCUGCCUGUAUUUUCUUACUUCUCAUUAUUUUUGCUGUGUUUGGGACGUUUGUGGGACGUCAGUGAUUCCAGAGAAAGACAAUUCAUUGUUGAGUCUUAUACCCAACAACCUGGGAAUCACACUCAGCAGUCGACUGUCUUUCUCCACAGUCGCUCACAGCACCUUUGAAUGGUGUAUUUGGAAACAGCUGACAAAAUUCUGCAUAAUAUGCCUUUAACUAAACCUGGCUGUUUAGUGUUAAUGUGGUCAGCCCAUUCUGGUGACACUACUGUAACAGACGAAGUAUCUAAUAGCAGCUUUACACACAGUUUUCUUCUGUUUUUCCCAUUGAUUUACUGACACAGUAUGUAAAUAUGUUGCCUGUUAGAGGACACGUCUCAAUAACAUUUUAUUUUUGACAUAAUUUUUACAUAGGUCCCCCUCCCACCUAGCAUUUCAUGUCUUUUUGUGGUGCUGCUUUGUAAUGCUGCUAAUAGAAACUUAGUUUUCCAACAUGUAACUGAACAUUGUGAAUUGUACCUUUCUCCCCCUCCCCCAUGGAAAACUGUGCACGAUGUGCGCAGCUCAGUUAGCUGUGCCAAGCGACCACCUCCCUCAAAAUAAUAUGUUAAUGUACAGAGCACUGUUGAAUUUCCUGUAUUCUCUUGAAAACAAACCCUUGUAUUUUCCUGUUAUAUGUAAAGUACUAAAGAAAAUGCAAUACACAA